AUGCAGCCUGCGGGCCUGCUUGAAGAAAGCGUGGUACCACUUGGUGCUGAAGAAACAAUCGUUACUAGUGAUGUCAGUACAGAGGAAACAACACAGCCUCGGUAUGCGGUUCCAUCCAGACAAGUCGCCGGUAACGGCGUAUCCACCGAUGGACCUCCAGUUAUCCCUAGAUACGAUAAUACUGGUGGAUCAUUCGGCGGUCGUGUAGCUUCAUCACGAGUGCUGUCACCUCUGACUACGACGCGAAUGGUUCAGUCUGCAUCUGCGACUUCGCGGUCACCCGUAAUUGUUCCAACUGGUGCAGGGAAAUUGCUUAUGGUUCGCCGUUCAGAUGGAACAACACAGUUUUUGCGGCAAAUACCUCAACCAUCCGAUGAACCUGUUUCAAUGUCAACAUCUUCAGUGAACAGUCGAAUCCCUCAAAAUAUUCGUGCUCCUCCAGGCUCAAGAGUAGUGCAGCUGCCGGUACGUUUUCCCCCUUUUAUCUACAGAGGUCGUGCUUCAGUUGAAAUAAACCUGUUCCCCUCUUUCUGUGGUGCUGUGCUGUUCAGAACUGUGUUCCAGAGCGGAGAGCAAGACCAGUCGGUACAUUCGCGGAUGGUUGUGUCCACUGAGCCGUCAGUCAUGAGGACCAGUUACGAGCAGCCGGCUGAUCCAUUCAUGAAAAGAAUGGCGGUGGUAGAGAAAAGUUCUUCUGGUCCAAUGUCGACACCACAGAGAUUGAUUCGUCAUGUUCCCAUGCAGGUGGAGUUGCACGGUGGUGAAAUGUAUUGUGAUCCUGUCGUAAAAGGAGAUGAGCAGGUAAUGUACAGCGAUCAAGCAGUUCGAGUUGGUGUUCAUCCUGCGGACAGGUUUCAAUCGUCCAGAUUCGCCCACAACUCGUCCGUUCAUCGAUUACCUUCACGUGGCUCUGCGCCAAUGAUCGGUGCUUCCAGAAUGCAGACGAAUACUAAUUCUCCACGGGUAUACUACGUAAAAAACGCUGUGACGGUGCCAUCGCGCGUGGUUCUAGCACCAGCACCAGUGGAGAGUUAUGUUCGCGAAGAGGUUGUGUACGAUAACGAUGGCUACGUUGUCGAUGGUGGCGAGAUUCCAAACCACUCGGGACUUGGAUCAUCACUACCAAUGCGCAGGAUAACAAGCUACAAGGAGUUCUGCAGAAGAAGAGGAGUCAAUAUGAGGGCGCCCACGCGGCCUUAUCGUUUUGACUUCGAAAACAACGAGGAUGAGGAAAGGGCAAUUGCUGAAGCGAUCGCAAGGGAAGAAGAACUCAUGCGACAAGAAGAAGCCGACAAAGGAGGACGACCAGAGCCUGGAGCUAGAGAUCCAGCGGGACGACCUUAUGAUGAGGAUCCCGAAGAACACGCAAGAAUGGUACCGUCAUCUCACUUUGGAAUGGGCUUCUACUCCCAGCCGGCUAUGCCGCGUUACACAUCUAACCUGGCGAUUCACAGGGACGACAGUCCAGACACACGGGCUGUGAAACAGGUGCUGGAAACGAUGGUGAUGCAGGCGUGUCGCUGGGAUAAACAAUUCGGGUGGUAUAAAAAUCUACUGAUGAAACCAACUAGACCACAUUUUGACAGGUUCAAGCGUCGAAUUUUCCCGAACCAGAGGGAAACAGUCCUCGCUGAGCACAUCGACAGGUUACGAAAAGAGAUCAAUAAGAGGCGAACACGAAUGGAAAAUAAAGCUGAGGAAAUGUGUGGAUUACCGACUCCAUGGAGAAAAUCGCGUAUGAAGUCCCACAUGAGAGGUACG